GGUCCCGAUCAUACAUUUAUUAGCGAUUCAUUUGGGAAAUCUGAUGAUCCAUUAAUGAAAACAAUGUGGAAAUGUUUACAAUUAGUGGACAAAAUUGAAAAUUAUCUACCAAUACCAAUGGCAAUGAAAAAUCGUAAAAAUAAUCAUAAACAAUUAGCAAUGAUUAGUUCGGUAUCAAGAUUAAUUUAUGCACAAAUUGUACUUGGAACACGUUCAUUAUAUUUACCACCAUUAGAUAGAGAUGCAUCAUAUUUUUAUCAAUUAAUGAUAGCAUUACCGAUUAGUCAAACAUUACGACCAUAUCGUCAUGAAUUUCGUAUGAUGUAAAUUAAUCAUUUGGAAAAUGUUUUCCUUAUUUAUAUUGCCGGCAUUAGUAUCGGUUUAUUUAGUGUUAUCAUUGAAAUAUUUAUCCAUAAACGACAACAAUCCAAUUCCGUUCAGUAA